AUGGCUGCCAUUCGCACCUUCGCAGGCAAAAUGGGCCUUGUCUUUCAUGAAGUCACAUUGGAACUUGCUGACCAGUGGGCGAGUCAUAGGAAACGUUGGUGGGCAGUCUUACUUCCUGAAGCAGCAGAGAGCUUUGAACUGAAGGGCUGGGAACAAGCAAGCUGGGGCAGGACUGUAAGGGAGAUUGUCCCGGAGUGGCCUAUCUGGUCUGUGGAAGACGAGAGCAAUCUCAAAUGGACCGUGCAGGAGGCAGCCAAAUUCGGAGACCCGCGCUAUGGCAAGGACCCCAGAUUCUUGGACCUUCGGCGUCCCGCUCCAACAGCCCUGCACUCGUAUGGGUCACCGUUGGCCCUGGAAACGUUCAAGAGAUGCAUCCUGGAGCAGCGGGAUGACAAGUGGGUACUGCCCUCCAUGCGGCAGCGCAGGCGGGAGACCUUCUUGCAGAGGAGGCUCGGAAAAGACAGGUCAGCUCAGCUGGAGCAGUCCUUCUGGAUGGCAGGCAAGUGGCAGCGGUCCCAGGCACAGGAGCCCGAGGAAGGUCAGGCGCCACUGCAGGCACACGCAUCUGGCGUUGGCAGUGUACAGGUUCAGGUGCCCAGGUUGUCUGCUGAUCAGGCCGGGGAAGUGCAAGCAAGUGCCUUGAACCACACGGAGCCAAGGCUGAGUGCUCCGAGGCUUGACGCAGGUCAGGUGCCAACACGUGUUGAUGCAGUGGAAGCAAAUCAGGCGCAGGUUAAGGCACCCAGGCUCCAGCCAAGUCAGGGUCAGACUUUGCAGACGCAGCAUCAGGAUCCAGCUGAAGUUAGCACACAGGCAGGUCAGGCGCAUGAUCAGGUGCCUUUGUCUUUUGUUGCCCAACCUGCAUGUCAGCUACAAUUGCCGGGCAUCACUGUCAAUCAGGUCCAGGUACAGGCGCCCAGGUUGCCAGCAGGUCAGGCGCAGAGCUUUGUCGCAGUCGAUGUGCCGACCAAUCAGGUUCUGCAGGCGCCAGCCGCGAUCCAUGCGCAAGUGCUUUCAAGGUCCCAGGCUGGUCAGGAUUCCACUCAGGCAACUCCAUUGCAAGUGGGCAGCUCUCCUACAACGCCACAGAGCCAGAUAAGGCUGCAGCCCGAGAUUAAUCUCGCUGGUGAGAGUUCUGCCACAACACUCUUUCAAGUCGGGAUACUGAUUGGGAACGAUACGAUUCGGGUGGGUGCACCGCCAGGAUGGGUCACAUUGUCGCCAGGCGCCAUCUCAGGGCUUCUGUGUGUGGCCGAUCAGGCUCAGGGCCAGGUAAGGGAUGACACGGUUGAAGGCAUAUAUCUGGAUGGCCUCAAUUUCGAAUUGCAGCAACAAGCCAGCAAGAUCGCGAGCAUCAUUUGCGAUCAUUGGGGAAAGAAGCUCAAGCAUGUCUCAGCGAGGCGAUGGUUCACACAGGAGACGGGCAUUGGCUGUGGCACGGUGGCUGUAGCCCACGCCGCCCUUGUUGUUGGAGGCCAGCAGGUUACGACCCUCCAAGCACUGCGCAAGCUGCAAGCACAUUUGUCGUCAGAAGCACCUCCAGCAUGCCUGCAUGUAGGCCGGGGUAAUCUGACAGAAGAGGAGACAAAGCGGCUUCAGGAGUUGUUGGUUGAAAAGGGUGUCCCUCAGCCCAAAACCGCUGAAAGGUUGCAAGCUCUGGCUCAGAAGGUCGGGGCAACAGCAGUUGCGCAGGUCUUGCAAACGCCGAAUCCGUGGCGCCAGCUGAAGGCACUUGCAUCCAGGCCAGGUCAGGUCUUCCGGCUGGUUUUGCCAGAAGAACUGGAGCACAAGAUUCGUGAGAAGGCAAGUAGCUCUUUCGGGGCGGUAGUUCCGGAGGGAGGCCGCAAGAAACGUAGACAGGCCUUGAUCGGCAAAGCCACUCCGGCCUUGUCGGUUGAUCCCGAGUUGCUGGGAAUUGCAGAAGGCUCAUUUGUGGCUGCAGAUGGCCAAACGAUGCAUCAGAUUAAGUUCAGUGAAGUGGCCACGGAGGCCCAUGGCCUGGCAUUCUGCACUGCGGCACAAGCUGCGCCGUUCCUUCAGGGGGAGUCUUUGAGCACGGAUCCUCUGUGCUCAGUCACAACAGCCUCUCUCCCGUCAGACAUCAAGGCACGGAGGCCACACAAGGUUGUCAGGUUUCCCGCUAUGUUUCAGCCCACGGAUGAGCCGAUGUUGUUGACAGGGAGCCUGGUUAAUCUAGGAGACACGCAAGUGGAACUAGCCCAAGGUUCAAUUGCCGAGCCCUCUAGCAUUGCCACAGGGAUGUGCAAAAUUUCAGUGUUCAGGGAUGAGUUGCAGAUCCCAUGGGCCAAGUUUUGCGAGGGGCCGGUCCGCUGGUUGAUGCAGACAGUGCCUGCACUCAAGGUGUGUCCGGGGGUGGAUUGUGGAAUUGACUGCGCUUUCUUCCAUCCUGCAGUGGACGAACACAUUGACCAAAUGGUUUUGGAUUUGUGGGCACGCCAAUUCCAAACCCUUGCAGGCAAGAAGGUGGCAGACAAGGCUGCCGAGGUGUUUUCUGUACUCAUUCGAGUCCCGCAAUCAGCAGUGGAUCAGCUCCAGAUGAUCCAGGUCCCCUCUGUAUAUGUGGAGCCACGCGCAGACGCGGGUGUCGGCACUCAUGAUGAUUACAGAGCCAUUGGCUGA